GCUUCUCGCACCCAUUCGAGAACCAGUAAUCCAUCCACAAUCCAUACACUACGUGAACAGUACAUAGCAGUCUGCACUUUGCACGGCAGUUCACAAGUCACAACCGACCCUUCCACCAUUAAUGGCCUCUCCUUUAUCGUUCCUAUGUGCGUCUCUCUCUCCACAGUCGUUAUGGAUAUCGCAAAAAUCAACCCACCUUUGCCGCCAUUGUCUUCCAGCGGUCUCAAUUCCCUCGACAAGCUCUUCUAUCUCUCACCAGCCAUUUCGAAGGAAAAAGAAUAACAUCCUCUCACCUCUCAUCAUUACUAAGGUCCCCAACUCAAGUCGAUGUGCAACGACCAGAGCCCAGUUGAACUUUCCUCUCAUUUCCCCUCAAGACCAAUGGGGAACAUGGACAGCUCUCUUUGCCACGGGCGCCUUCGGUAUCUGGUCCGAGAAGACCAAAGUGGGGAGCACAUUGAGUGCUGCCCUGGUGAGCAUACUGGUUGGGCUUGCGGCUAGUAAUCUCGGAAUCAUACCUUACGAAUCUCCAGCUUAUUCGAUAGUGAUGGAGUAUCUGCUCCCCAUGGCUGUUCCGUUAUUGCUGUUUAGAGCGGACUUGCGUCGUGUGGUACACUCAACAGGAACAUUGCUCUUGGCUUUCUUGCUUGGAUCAGUUGCUACAACAUUUGGAACAUUAGUGGCAUAUCUAAUGGUGCCCAUGCGAUCACUUGGUCAAGAUAGUUGGAAGAUUGCAUCUGCCCUCAUGGGCAGUUAUAUUGGUGGAGCUGUUAACUAUGUUGCUAUUUCGGAGGCUCUUGGCAUUACUCCCUCAGUUUUGGCUGCUGGACUAGCUGUGGACAAUGUUGUUUGUGCUGUAUAUUUUACAUUACUCUUUGUGCUAUCAUCUAAAAUACCUCCUGAAAGUCUGAGAUCAACUAAGGUGCAUCAUGAAUCUGGUCUGAUGGAUACGAAGUCUGCGGCCAGAAACAAGCUCCCUGUACUACAAACUGUUACUGCUCUUGCCAUGGCCUUCUUCAUCUGCAAAACUGGCACUUAUCUGACAAAGUUAUUUGCAAUUCAAGGAGGUAGCCUUCCAUGUAUAACAACAAUUGUGGUAAUUUUGGCAACUUUAUUUCCCGCACAAUUUGGCUACCUUGCACCUGCUGGUGAGGCUGUUGCUCUGAUCCUGAUGCAGGUCUUCUUUGCUGUGGUGGGUGCAAAUGGGAGUGUAUGUGAUGUUAUCAAUACUUCUCCCAGCAUUUUAUUGUUUGCUCUGCUCCAAGUAUCCAUCCAUCUCAUGGUGAUCCUUGGACUUGGAAAGCUACUACGAUUUGACCAGAAGCUGUUGCUGUUGGCAUCAAAUGCCAAUAUUGGAGGCCCUACAACAGCAUGUGGGAUGGCCACAGCAAAAGGAUGGGACACUCUGGUUGUUCCUGGGGUUCUUGCCGGAAUAUUUGGAAUUGCUAUUGCAACUUUUCUCGGUAUUGGGUUUGGAUUGGUGGUUCUUAAGAAUAUAUAAACAUCUCAAAUGUUGCACAAUUUUGAUAUUGAAAGUUCUUUUUUAUUUAAUUAUUGAUAAGAAAGGAUUAGUGUUCAAGUAGAUUGAAAACUUACGUUGUAUAUGGAUCCAUCAUUAACAAAUGAAAGUACAUGCAACACUCAUUGUUUCCAACGAUUAACCUUUCAUUGGAUUUGUGUGUAUGUAUUCUUUUUCAAUUAAAAAUUAAACGGCUGCAUCUCUGAGCAGUACAAG